CAAAAUCGCAAACAAAAAGCAUUGGCGGAAGCACAGUCUUCUCUUUUCUCUCUCUCAACUUCACAUCUCUGCCUCCUCUUCCUCUCUCUCUCUCUCUCUACUGUAUCUCUUAAGACCCCAACCAAAGAGAGUGUAGAGAGAGAUUACAGAGAGAGAGAGCGACAUACAUUCUUCCACACCAUCUUCUCAUUGUCUUUAGGGUUUCCUUAAAACCUAAUUACAAAUUCUUCCAAACUCCCCAUCUUUACAAAUUUUUCGUUUUCUCACUAGAUACGAUUCACCCCCACCAAGAAAAACCAAGCGAUUUUAGCUAAUUAACCACCAACUGUAAUGAAAUGCUGCUAAUCGGACGAUCCGAUUGCGUUUUCUGAGAUCUUGGAUGUGGACUUCGCGGAUGCUUUUUCUAAAGGGGGUUUUUCGUUUAUUCCCAGUGGUGCUUCUUGCUACAUUUCUUCAAAAUUCGACAGUCCCACCAAACAUUGUCAGGAGAUAGAGUGCUUUUUUCCAGGGAGUAAGUCUGGUUUCAUGAAGUGCUUUGGGAAAAGAUAAAUUGAAACUUGAAGUUUCUGUGAAGUGAAAGGGAAAUGAAACCCGAGACGCCUCUGGAUUUUGCUGUGUUUCAACUGUCACCUAGGCGUUCACGUUGCGAAUUGUUUGUUUCUAGCCAUGGCAAGACUGAGAAACUAGCAUCAGGUUCAGUGAAGCCAUUUGUAACUCAAUUAAAGGUUGCAGAAGAGCAGUUUGCUCAUGCAGUCCAGGCAAUUAAGCUUGAAGUUGAGAGGGGUGGAAAUGACAAUGCUUGGUUCACAAAAGGAACCCUUGAAAGGUUUGUGCGUUUUGUUAGCACGCCUGAGAUAUUGGAGCUGGUAAAUACAUUUGAUGCAGAGAUGUCUCAAUUGGAAGCAGCUAGAAGAAUAUAUUCUCUGGGAGAAGGUGAUCGGCAUUCUGGUACAUCGGGUGGGGAUGGAACAGGUGCAGGCUCAACAGAUGAAACCAAGAAAGAGCUUUUGAAAGCUAUCGAUGUACGCCUUCUUGCUGUUAGGCAGGACUUGGUCACAGCUUCUACUCGUGCAUUAGCCGCUGGUUUUAAUCCUAGUACAGUGUCUGACCUUCAACAUUUUGCUGAUCAGUUUGGUGCCCAUCGCCUAACCGAAGCGUGCUCUAGUUUCAUCUCUCUUUCCCGGAGGAGGCCGGAACUUAUUAACACAUGGACCCCAGGCGUCGACGACAGAGCGGUCAGAUCUUCAUGUGGUUCCGACAUGUCGAUCGAUGACCCCGCUGAAGACUCGGUUGGAACCCACAUCAAGCCGCAGUACCAAACAGAGAAUAAGCACGAUUCUCAAUCUGGUACAACUUCACGAACUGAAGAACAAUAUUCCCAUGUGGACGAAUCAAGACCCACCACGUGUCAACCGGCCAAAUCUUCUGCCACCUUCCCGAGCCGACGUAACGUGAAAGAUGGCACGAGGGUGGAGACGUUGCCCGAAAAUUUGGAGAAAGAGAAGAACGGAGAUGAGUCUCCGACAGAAUCGAAAUCAACUCCUGUGGGUCCCCCGGCCAGGCGGCUCAGCGUCCAAGAUCGGAUCAACCUUUUUGAGAACAAACAGAAGGAAAAUACCGGUGGCAGUGGAGGAGGCAAGCCCGUUUCUGGAAAACCUCUGGAACUGAGAAGGCUCUCAUCGGACGUGUCUUCAGCGCCGGCGGCGGUGGAAAAGGCAGUUUUGAGGAGAUGGAGUGGUGUCAGUGAUAUGAGCAUUGAUUUCAGUAAUGAAAAGAAGGAUAUAGAGAGCCCAUUAUGCACACCUUCCUCAUCUUCAAUUUCUGAUACCAAGGCUAAUAUAUUUUCUGGUGCAACCGAGAUUCAAAGUGAGAAGAGCUUGCCUGAUUUGGAGAGUGAGACUAGGCUUGAAAGAAGGGGCAAUCUUGUUAGACAUGGUGAUGAUGAGUCCAAACAACAAACUGAGGAACAGAAUCCAAUUGAGGGUUAUACAGGUAAAGAGGCUUGGUCGUCAUCUUCUCAAGCCCAAAUCAGGUCAAUCUCUGGUGGAGCUGAUCUUGUUGGAUUGAAUGAUCGAGGGGUUUCUAAGGGAAGUGUAAAGAAUUUAUCAAGCAGUGAUGAUAAAGGUAAAGGCUUUAAAGGUGUAGUAUUAGGCUCUGAGCCACAAGGGAAAAGUUCUGCCGAUCGAGCUGAAAUUGAUGGAGCCAAGAAUAAAGUUGCAUCCCAGGUUGAUGCUUUUGCUAAGAAGGUAGGGGAUGAUGCAGCUGAUGGUAGGUUAGGUAAUAAGAUGGACGAUUCUGGAUCAAGAGACCAUUUAGCAUAUCCAUUACGUCCUAGGGGUUCUCGAAGUCAUUCUCGCUCUCUUUCUAACCAAUUUGAAAGCGGUGGAAUAAAACUGGAAUCCUCAUCAACUCAGUCCAUGGAAGUUGAUGGCGGCCAAUUACCUCAGCAACGGAGAGCUUUUAAAGCCGAACCUGAGGCAGUGGCUAGCAAGAACCUUGCAUCAUCAGAUGCGUAUAAUCUUAAAGUAGAAGAUUUUGGAGAUCAGAAAAUGAAAUUGCAGAAACCCGAGAGAAGUAAGCAAGCAGAGAAGUCACAAGUUGGCAGAGAAGAAAGCAGUUCUCUUCAUGAGAGAAGUAAAUUGGAUAUGAUUGGGAAAAGUGGUACUGAUGGCCAAGAAAGCACUCCUACAAUCUCAAGCAUACCAGGAGAGCGAGUUCAAAGAGUGAGGCAGACUAAGGGAAAUCAGGAGCUCAAUGAUGAACUAAAAAUGAAGGCAAAUGAACUUGAAAGGCUAUUUGCAGAGCACAAGCUCCGUGUUCCAGGGGAGAACUCCAGCGCUGCAAGGAGAAACAAUACUGCCGACAUGCAGCUUGAACAGGCAAUUAGUUUGCAGCACCGAACAUCUUCAGCUUUAGACACUGCUCCUUCACAAGUGGUGGAAAGAUCUGCGGUAAUAGAAUCAACGGGGAGUUCCAAUAAAAUGGAAAAUGUUUAUACAACGCCUGUGAAAUUGAUAAAUAACCAUGACUUUAGUGAUGAUUCUAGAGGAAAAUUUUAUAACAAGUAUAUGCAGAAAAGAGAUGCUAAGCUGAGAGAAGAAUGGAGUUCCAAAAGAGCAGAGAAGGAGGCCAAGAUGAAGGCCAUGCAAGAUAGCCUUGAGAAAAGUAAAGCUGAGAUGAAAGCAAAAUUUUCUGGUUUUGUUGACCGACAAGAUUCAGUAGCUACUGCUCGGAUACGUGCGGAAAAACUUAGAUCAUUCAACUAUCGUUCUCAAACAAGAGACCAGCUGCUGAUCAAUUCAAUUCAAAGUGAGGAUGAUGGGGACUUUCCUGAGGUUUUGGAGCAGAAAUUGAAUGGGAACGACAGAUUACAUAGUGAUUCAUACAUAUCGGAUAGUGCUUCUAGAAGCAAUCAGAACAAAAAGGCUUUGCCAGGUAGAAAUUUAUCAUCAACUCCUCGCCCCACUGGAGCUACAGCUCCACCCCGGUCAGUUGGCAAAGUUUCCCAUUCCAGUUCUGGGAGGCGAAGAGGACAAACAGAAAAUCUUCUUGCACAGUCGGUUCCUAAUUUCUCUGAACUGAGGAAAGAAAAUACAAAACCUUCUGGGGUUGGUAAAUCAACGGCACGCCCUCUGGUGAGAAAUUAUUCUCGCGGUAAAACUAGCAAUGAAGAGCCAGUCAUUAAGGAGGAGAAGCCUCGUCGUACACAGUCUUCAAGAAAGAACUCUGCUAGUGCUAUUGACUUCAAGGAUAUAUUACCUUUGAACACAGAUAAUGUUGUUUUGGCACCAUUGUCAUUGGAUGAAGAGCAGAACGAUGAAAGCAUUUAUGAUAAGUAUUUGAAGAGCCUAGAAUCAAAGCCUUUUCUGAGGAAGGGCAAUGGCAUAGGCCCUGGUGCUGGAACAAGUAUAGCGAAGUUGAAAGCUUCUAUGGAAUCCGAAACUUCAAAAGAUGAUGAGGAAUUUGAUGAAGUGGCAUUUGAGGGUUCAGAAAUUAUGCCCAAACAAGAAGAGGAAGAGGAAGGGCAUGAGAAAAUGGAAAUUAAACUUCCGCAUAUUGAUAAUGGAAAACUAAGAUUAAGCCAGGAAUCAGGCAGAUCAAGUAAUUCUGGGUCUGAAAUUGAAAAUUCUAUGAGAUCUCGCUCUCAAUCUCAGGUGGAUCAUUCUACAAUUUCUGAACUUCCCUCCAUGUUGCCUUCGUUUCAUAAAGCAGGGUUACUUCAGGAUUCGCCAGGCGAGAGCCCCCUGUCAUGGAACUCACGCAUGCAUCAUCCCUUCUCCUACCCACAUGAGGCCUCUGAUAUUGAUGCAUAUAUGGACUCUCCAAUUGGGAGCCCUGCAUCAUGGAAUUCACAUAAUAUACAUAAUAUAACACAAGCAGAAACUGACGUGGCAAGAAUGAGAAAGAAAUGGGGAAGUGCCCAUAAGCCUUCUCUUAUUGCUACCUCGUCCAGUCAAUCGCGCAAGGAUAUGGCCAAAGGGUUUAAAAGGUUGUUAAAGUUUGGAAGGAAAAGUCGUGGGACAGAAAGUAUGGUUGAUUGGAUCUCUGCUACAACAUCUGAAGGAGACGAUGAUACUGAAGAUGGGCGAGAUCCGGCUAGCAGGUCAUUGGAAGACCUAACGAAGUCAAGAAUGGGAUUCUCAGAGGGUCAUGAUGAUGGCUUUAAUGAAAGCGAGUUGUACUGUGAACAGGUUCAAGAAUUACAAAGUUCGAUUCCUGCUCCACCAGCUAAUUUCAAGCUGAGGGAAGAUCAUAUGUCAGGCAGUUCCUUGAAAGCUCCGCAAUCGUUCUUCUCUCUCUCAACCUUUCGUAGCAAGGGAACCGAUGCAACGUCUAGGUAAUAGACACUCGCAGAUUUCUAUAUGUGAUUACUGUCUUGUUAUCCUUGAGUAGGGUAUAACAGUUGGUACAUUGUAAGAUACAAUUGCUUGAAGGAGAUGUCGAAUCAGGCUCGAGCUCUGCAAUUCGAUAAUGUACAUGUUAAUUCGAUUCACAAAACCGACCGCCUACAUCAUUAGGUAGUUACAUCUGUUAGUUGUGUUGAAUUAAUUAAGUAUACUGUAUUGAACAAUGAGUUAAUUGUUGGCAAAAUGUCAUUGUGAUUUUGGUAGUCUAGGAGCAAUUUUUUCUUUUUUCUUUUUUUCUUUGGUUCUGCUCUUCAUUUGCUCUGACGGUUUAGUUUUGUGUGCUGUAUAUCUGAAGGAGCUCAUGUCAAGAACAGAAUUGUUGAGUGUGAUAUAAUUAUGCAUAAUAAAAGCUUUUUGCACA